CGCGUGUGCGUGUGUGUGCGUGCGCGUGUGCGUGUUCGAACGCGCGCGCGACCGUCUUCAUUCCGCUGGUUUUCGGCACGGAAGCGCCAAGUGACGACCGCGUCGCGUCCACUCUUCGGCAGCAGCUCGCACCGACACGCGUCGCCUCCCGGUGGUCCUCCGUUUGUCCGUCUCGUGUACACGCGCGCGCGCUUGAGAGUAGUACACUCGCAGUACCGACGUCUGCAAACUUUGUGUUCCGCACCGAUCGCAUUUGCAACUGGUCGUUUUUUAAUUUGUCCGUUUUUGUCGUUUAUCGUCGCCAUUGUUUUUUAAAUACCCGGUUUUUUUUUUUGAAGAAGAAAAAUACAAAACCAUGACUUCCGGAGUGGUGGACGACGAUCCGCUGCAGUCGCAGCGCUCACCUCUGGCCACCGACGUCUGCAGCCAAAAGAAAAUAAACGAAAACAAUCGAAGGAGCAACAAACCAAUAAUGGAGAAAAAAAGAAGAGCACGAAUAAAUAACUGCUUAAACGAAUUGAAGACUUUGAUCCUAGAUGCAACUAAAAAAGACCCAGCUAGACAUUCAAAAUUGGAAAAAGCAGAUAUAUUGGAAAUGACUGUAAAACACUUGGAAUCUAUGCAAAGGCAUAAUGUAGCUUUAUCUGCUGCUACCGAGUCUACAGUAGCCAACAAAUUCAAGGCUGGAUUUACAGAGUGUACAAAUGAAGUAAUCCGAUUUCCCGGGCUUGAACCUCAUGUUCGUAAACGUCUCAUGCAGCACUUGAACACAUACUUUAAUAAAGAAAGUGGUAAUAACAGUCCAAAAAUUCUUUCAACACCUCCAGAAACAUCAAAUCUGCAAUUACAUCUGGACUCUAACCAAAACGCUAUACUAUUGGGCACCACUGGUUCAGCGUGUGGAGUUCAAUUUGUUCCUACAAGACUAUCCAACGGUGAUAUUGCUCUGGUUUUGCCAUCUAGAUCUACCGAAACAUCACCGCCCCCACCACCCCUUUCCAUGAUUGUACCAACACCGCCAUCCACUCAAUCUGAUUCUUCUGAUACUGAGUCGCCUAUGCCCGAUAGACCUUCAUCGUGCUAUUCAAUGGGCAGUACAGAUAGUACAGAUACAUACAGCCAACCAGAACUGCCCCUAGCACUGGUUACCAAACACAGACGAGAUGACGAACAGUCAGAUUUGGAACAGCCCUGGCGGCCAUGGUAGGAAUAAUUUAUUUUCUGGUUCAACAGGAUACUCUCAUUAAUUAAGUGUUUUUAUUUUUAUCUUCAAAAUAUGUGUACUAAAUAUAUUAUUUUUUAUCCACCAACUUACAUCGAAAUAUUUCUUUGUGCCAUACAUUUUAAAUUUUAGAAAUUGUUUAUUAGAAGUAAAGGCUGGUAACGCAUAACUAUUCCAUUAGACAGAUAAUAUUUAUGUUUUUUUUUCUGCAUAAUAGUUUGAGAAAUCCCCAAUAAACAUUUGACUUUUAAAUUGUAAGGGUUUUUUAACAAUAAUUGUACAACAG